CUCCACCGUUUGAGAAUGCAGUAGUAUCUCCCGGGGUGAAUCAUUCUUGGAUAAGCGUGAUGGCAGGGGUGUCGUUGUGCGAGCCAACGGAACUGUAUAAUUUGUUGAACCAGUGCACAAAGGUCUCUAGACUGGCAGAACUAAACUUUCUAUGUUUACUGGACGCUCGUACGAAAAGGGAGUACAACGAAAGCCACUUGGUGACAGCGAUACGAGCCAAAACGAAUCCAUUGGGCAAAUACAUGGUUCCUCCGUCUGUCAACCUGGAGUGUGUCAGAUACUGUGUGGUGUACGAUGGCAAAACUGAAUCCGUGGAGGCCGCUUUCGACAUAGAUUAUGAUUUGUACGAAGUGGAUAAAGACCUAAAACCGUAUGACAAGAAGGGGCAGGACAUCCGGGAACUCAAAGCGAAACCAUCAUCCGAGUAUAAUGCGAUUGUGGGCUCAGCAGCUCGCUGCGCCAGAGUGAUGCAGCGGUUCACCCGCUUUCCAGUCCUGGUCCUCCGAGGCGGCUUCGAACGGUUCACAGCAAUUUACCAUUUCCUCAGGACCCAGAAGAUAUUCUGGAUGCCUCGGGAACUCGAGGCCUUUAAACCCUACCCAGUGGAGAUCCUGCCUGCUAAACUCUACAUGGGGAAUUACGCCCAGGCCUGCGACAGCCAGAUACAGAAGGACCUGAAAAUCAAAGCCCAGAUCAACGUCUCCGAGCAGCCUGGCACUUUUUUCCUCGAUGACAGCAGCAGUCUGCUUCACUUUCCCAUUCCAGACUCUCCAGAGGCAGAGAUCUCUCCCCACUUUUGCAAAAUUUGCCACUUCAUUGAUGACCACAUACGUAAGGGUGCAGUCCUGGUGUUUUCCACCUUGGGCAUAAGCAGGAGUAGCACUGUGGUACUGGCCUACCUCAUCCAUUCUUGCAGGCUUUACUUAAAGAACGCUUGGAGCUACGUCUUGAAGUGCAAAAGUAACAUGCGGCCGAACCGAGGGUUCGUGGAACAGCUGUCUGAGUGGGAAAAACGGAUCUACUUCACUGAAAUCACCGAUAUCUCAGAACCGAAUUAUUGACCGACACCAGCCGGAAAAGAAGGUCCCUGAAACACUGGUUUUCAGGGGCAGGCUAACUUACUCGAAUGGAAUUUGUUUAACGUUAGUUGAUGGGUGGGAAAAAUUGAGAAAGAAACCUAUGUUUCGAAACUAUUCUUUUAAAAGUUUUCCCUUCCUGUAUCACUUACUUUGUUGCUUUUAUUAUUUCUGUCUUGUGUUGUUCUCUCUAUCCUCCUUUGUAAAACGUUGAAUGAUGUUAGGGCCUUCUGUGUACUUUAUUCAGGAAUAAAAUACAUGAUGCCUUUAUUUUUUAUAAGCUUCUUUGUGAAGGUCAGCAAACACUUGAACUGGAAGCUUUCUGCCCUUCAUUUAUUUGAUGGAUUUUAAAAGAUUCCUUUCUCGCCUUUCAAACUUUCGAGGCAGCUAACAAUCCACCUGUCGAAAUCAAACGAUUAAGCCUUACGAACUAAAACAAUAAAACGUCCUAAAACCACGAAGGAAGAAAAGCGCAGUGAAA